AUGCAGUAUGAAGAUGUGCUUGUGGGGAAACAGGUGAAAGACCACCUCGGGGGUGUGAGGCAGUUGUGCCCGGGGCGGCGCGUGUGCUACAUGGCGGACAGGAGGUCCCGGGCACACCAGAUUCUGCGACCAGUAGCUUCCAGACUCACAUGGAACUCGGUGAUGACGCACUUUGGCAUGCCAGCGAUACCCUACUAUGUCCACUACUUCCACAAGAACGAGCUCAAGGUGGCAGAGGAGGCGAAGCGCCUGAUUGAGCGGGGGUUAGAUGUGAAUGCAAUUGAGGCGAAUGCUACAAAGAAUAUGGAAGAGUGGGUGGCGUCCCAGGUACCGAAGACACUGGUGGGCCUGGGAAGCGUACUCGAUCUGAGCUGGGUACGCGGCAAGCCACGCACCACGUACGUUGUGGCCGAGGAGGACGACGUCGCGGUGUAUGAUGUUCGGUACAAACACGCCAAAGCGCACAUUGCCAAGUGUAUCUGGGUGUCGGGCUAG